AUGGCACCAGCUUGCCUGCGGUCCUCGCUAGCGGCGCUCUUUCUGAUUCUCUCUCUUGCACUCCUUCCUUCCACCAACGCCAUCAAGUUUUCGCUUCCGCCAUCUCGUUUCCCGGCCAGCAAAUGCAUCUGGAAUCCCGCUCACAACAACGCGCUGGUCAUCGUGACGGCCAACGUCGGGCCGGGGGCGAACCAGCGUGUAGACGUCGAGAUCAUAGACUCGAGCCCCCAGAAGAACGUAUACCUGAGCAAGCGGAAUAUCAACGCUGAAACACGGCUUGCUGUGACAGCUCAUGCGGAGGGCGAGGUUGGUGUUUGCUUCAAGAACUUUUUGGACAAGGAGAUUUCGCAGGAGAAGGGUGCCAAAAUGUCUCGCAUAAUCGACCUGGAUGUCGAUAUUGGUGCUGAGGCGGUCGACUACAACGCCAUUGCUAACCAAGAAUCGUUGUCAGGGCUCGAGACAGAGAUGAGGAAACUAGAGGGUCUGCUGAAAGAAAUCGUCGACGAGAUGGGUUACCUUAAAAAGCGUGAAGAGAGGUUUGCGCAGACGAAUGAAUCGACGCAACAACGGGUGCAGAGCUUUGCUUGGUUUACGAUAUUGGCGCUGGCUUGUUUGGGUGCAUGGCAGAUAGUCCAUCUGAGGUCGUUCUUCAAGCGUAAAUACCUUAUUGAUUAA